AUGUUGAAAGAUACCGAGAAGCGCGCCGAUCCUUCGGUUGGCGAGCUUCGUACAAACCCCGUGGAUGAAUCGAGAGUACUGAACAGAGAGACCAAAUUCCGCAGUCUCGAUAAGUUCGCAAAACUUCUCGGUGCUGAAAUUCAGGGCAACGAUCCCAUCGCGCCAGAGGAGAAGAAAGACCGCCGGUACUUCAAAUUAUUUACCUUAUGGUUCUCAAUGAACUUCAACCUUCUCUCCGUUUCUACGGGCAUGUCAGGCACUCUUGGCUUUGGACUGGGCCUUCGAGACUGUUCGCUCAUCAUCCUCUUCUUCAGCCUUAUUGUGGCCCUUGUCGCGCCGUACUUGUCGCUAUUUGGAGUCAAACUUGGUAUCCGACAGAUGAUUCAGGCUCGGUUUUCUUUUGGCAAGUACGGUGUUGCGAUUCCGCUUGUCCUCAACAUGGCAACUAUUGUCGGAUACGCCAUUCUCGGAAGCAUUCUCGGGGGGCAAGCUUUGUCUGCUAUUAACCCUGAAAGCCUGUCAGUGAAUGUGGGUAUCGUCAUCCUUGCAGUCAUCAAUCUGGUCCUCAUCUUCUUCGGUUCGAGAAUAAUCCACCAAUUUGAUCUGUAUGCCUGGUUUCCCACCCUUCUCGCCAUUCUCGUUGCUGUCGGAUGUGGCGGGAACAAGUUAUAUAACCAGGUUGACACCGAGCCAGCAACGGCGAGCAAUGUCCUCAGCUUCGCCUCUCUGAUUGCGGGAUUUUUCCUUUCCUGGGCUUCCAUCGCUAGUGAUUUCACAACCUACUAUGAUUCCCAAGCGCGCAGCACUUCGGUAUUUGCCACAUCUUACCUCGGCCUCGUGGCUUCAAGCGUGCCUUUGAUGGUUCUGGGCGCUGCCAUCGGAGGCGCAGUUCCAAACAUUCCAGCUUGGGAGGAAGGCUACACGAGCAACAGCGUGGGCGGCGUUUUGGCCGCCAUGCUCGAGCCUGUGGGGGGCUUCGGCAAGUUUCUCCUUGUGCUCCUCGCACUGAGUGGCUUAGCCAACAUGGUCGGAUCAGUCUACGCCCUCACGCUCAAUUUCCAGGCUUUAUUCUGGCUGGUACGGAUCCGCAUCCCCCGCUUAGUCUUCACCCUCGUCGCAACCGCCCUCAUCAUCCCGGUAGGUAUCAAGGUGGCCGCUGAUUUCUUGUCUUCUCUGAGCAAUUUCCUUGGUAUCAUUGGUUAUUGGUCGGCUUGCUUCUCUGCCGUCGUGCUGGUGGAGCAUUUCGUCUUCAGGAAGGGCCUGAUGGAGAGUUACGAUCUUGACUCCUGGGAUAACGCCAAGGCCCUGCCCACGGGCGCACCAGCUAUUGUGGCUUCGAUAUGUAGCUUCGGAAUGGUUAUCCCUGGCAUGUCGCAAGUCUGGUUUACCGGACCUGUGGCCAUGUACACAGGCGACAUUGGAUUCGAGAUGGCUUUCGUCCUGACGGCGGUUUUCUACGUACCCUUUAGGUACAUGGAGAGGAAGAUGAUCGGCCAUUAA